AUGAUGGCGAUGAUGAUGACUGGCCGUGUGCUGCUGGUGUGUGCCCUCUGCGUGCUGUGGUGCGGUGCCGGCGGUGUUUAUGCGAGGGAUACUCCCAACAACGCACAGGGUGGCUGCAUGGCGUCAGGCGGGUUGGGUGCGAAAACGUCGUAUUUGGUGAGGGGUUGCAAUAAAACUGUGCUCACGCGGCCAUUGCGAUCAGCGUUCUUCAUUAAUGCGAUACAAGCCGAAGCGAAGGACGUAAAAGAUAUUUCUGAGGAAAGGGAUAAUUUGAAGUUAGAUUCAAUUCCACAACCUCCGGCACUGCCACCAGCGCCAGAAACACCGGGAGCCCCACCACCACCUCCUGAUGCCAGUGAUUCUGAUGGUAUUGGUCGCAGUGAACUUGGUGCUGACAGUCAAACUGGUGGUGGCGGUGGUGGCGGUGGUGGCUCAAGUGGAAUUUCUAACGGAGGUGAGGAUUCCACUUUGAAGGUUCCUGUUCCCGAUGAUAAAUCCUCGUCCCCUAUUCCCAGUGCUGGUGAUGGUUUGAAGAACACCGGCGAUAGUUCAGUCACUCAGAAGAAUAAUUCUUCAGGAACAGAUGAACCGUCAAAAAAAACGCUUAAUGUGCCCGCACUGCCCACGGUGCAGACUCCGGAGGCGUUAGACACCGACCAAAAUAAAAACACUCCUAAUACACAAGGAGAAAUAAGUGUUGAAGCUCGUGGUAAGGGUGCAAGUGGAGGCGACGCAGGGGAGAAUGACGUAAAUAGCAAAGACUCCUCCAGCGUGUCGACCGCCAAUAGCAAACCCACAGGAAAAACAACACCGUCAGUACCAUCAACGGGAGAAACUCCAACAAUAACAGCAACACCGAAAGACUCAAAGAAUCCAACAGGGAAAAAUGACAAUACGGCAGCGUCAGGAACCGAAACGGACUCUGAAGCAACUAAAACGUCUUCGAAGGAUGAUGCGGCAGAGCAACACAGUCAAGAGAGAGACAAAGCAGAUUUGGUAAAGAGUGCAAAUACCGGCCAUCCAGCAUAUACAGCAGCCUCAUCCAUCCCUACAUAUGGCAAUGGUGAUGCUCAGGGAACAGUAAAUGAGAAUGGUGACGAUCCUGAACGGCAUGAUCCCAAAAGAACCCACGACGAACUCGAAGCUGAUAAUACCAACGUCGGUCCUACAGCCAGUGAAGCAGCACCAGAAGCAGUCAACAGCACUGAAAAAAAAGAUACGGCGCCAACUGGCGACAGUGACGGCAGCACCGCGGUCUCGCACACCACCUCCCCUCUUUUGCUUCUUCUUGUUGUUUCGUGUGCGGCUGCUGCUGCGGUGGUGGCCGCGUGA